AUGUUCCCACUAUCGGAACGUUACCCUUUUACUUUCAAGCUUAUGCUGCACAAACUUUAUGAUUUAGAUGAGUGGGUGGCCAAAGUCAAGAACACUUUGGAGGUGUCCAAAUCGCAGUUCAAACCAUUGGUGGAGAAGGUCGAGAGUGUAAUGAGGGAAGCUAGGGGAAAGGAGAAGGUGAUGGAUUGUAAAGGGGUUACUCGAGCACAAAGUUGUGCCUCGUUAGCGACCGGGGGGAAGUCGAGGGGCUCCAUUAUGCCAUGCAAGCAUGUGAAGAGUAUCACACACAAUGAAGGGGACCGGGCGCUGAAGAAAAGGUGUGUGGGGAGACACAAGUCGGUCAGUGGCCUGAUGGAGGCGAGUGUGUGGGUAUACAAUGCAGCGAUCUCAGCUGUGGAGGUCAACGGACCUCGUCCCACCAUGGAGAUUACACUUUCAAAGACAACAAAUAGGCCCUCCGGUCAAGAUAGUCGUAUGCGACAUCAGUCAUUAGCAGGGUUGGAAGGGAUUCGUGCUCAUGACACAGCAAGGAGAAAAGUGAGAAUUGAAGUUCCUAUUCCUUGCGAUGAGGAUCACAAGGCUGCCUAUUCACCUGGGUCACCAAUGCGAGACGUGGUCUCGCUCGUGGAACAUUCGAAGUUUGAGAGCCUUCAUGUGAAGGAUAUCCCAAGGAAGUGGAGAGUGAUGGAGUUGGUUGACAAUUUGGGGGGCGUAGUUUGGCCAAGAUGGCAUGGACAUGGACACAGACAUGUACUUCUUUGUCGUAAUGCUGUGUAGAUAGUACUGUAGAUACGUGGGUGUGGCCCUCAUGAUUGUGGUUGAGAGUGAAGUUCGCA